AUGUCAAAUCUUGGAAUACCUCAUGCUCAAUACCUUGAUAGAUAUCUAGCACACGACACAAGACACGGUUGUUCCUGGGGACCUAUGAACGUCACCAACACCAAUGCAUACAAGGCCUGGCCAGAUACUGGUGUUACCCGAAUUUAUGAUUUUACCGUCGCAAAAGAGACAGCCGCUCCAGAUGGCAUAGAGGUAGAAUUACUCUUAGUAAAUUCUCAGUUCCCUGGGUCUAUGAUUGAGUGUGAUUGGGGAGAUUCAGUUGAGAUCACGGUUCGAAACAAUAUUUCAAAUGAUGGUACCGCAAUACAUUGGCAUGGGAGUAUGCAAAACCUCCAACCCCCUUACUCCCACGUCGACUACAACAUUGACCUGGGCCCGAUUACUAUUUCCGAUUACUUCCAUGAGUUUUACGACACUAUCACAAAAGGCCUUCUGGAUAAUAAAGUAGAAGUCACUCUCUCUGAUAAUAACUUGAUCAAUGGAAAGAAUUCGUAUAAUGGCAACAACGCACCCCUAUCAUCUUUCAAUUUCACCUCAGGGAAAAGGCACCGCUUACGCUUAAUCAACACAUCAGCAUUUGCAGUACAAAAGAUUUCAAUUGAUGGAUAUGGCUUUACAGUCAUUGCCAAUGACUUCGUACCGUUAAUACUAUAUUCGACUGAUAUUGUCACUCUAGCGCCUGGUCAACGUACGGAUGUCGUGGUAAGUGCAGCAGGUAACCCGACUGACUCGAUCUGGCUAAGGGCGUAUAAACCACCCAACUGUUCUCCGGGAAAGCAAGGGUCCUACUUAGCAACGGCGGCAAUAUUCUACGAGAAGGCCGACCGAACACAAAUGCCGGUGACCCAACCCGGACCGAACGCGUAUAAUAAUAACUAUUGCGGUAAUGAUCCUUUGUCACGGACUGUACCGGCUUACCAACUAUCUCCUGACGAGCCCGACGUAACAGAGAUACUCCCCAUCAAGCUACGUCCAAAUGGGCCGUCUAACUUGUGGUAUAUGGCAAACCGGACAUUUCGAGUCGAUUACAGCGAUCCGCAACUGUUGAAUGCCAGGGACGGCAACUUUGAAUUCCCCAAUAUUCAAAACGUCCAUAAUUAUGGAAGUAACUCAUCACUUCGUUUCAUUAUCCAGAAUACGGGGUUCCAACCGCAUCCCGUACAUAUCCACGGCCACAAUUUCCGGGUUCUCCAAGAGGCCCCCUGCGAGGAAAACGAAACCUUGUUUCCGCACGGACAGCCGGACUUCUCUCAUGUGUUCUCCCUGGGCGAGGCUUCUGAUCACUUUGGUGGUAAGCCCGGCCCACAGCACCAGCGGAGACUCGAUGUCUCCCCAGCUCAGCAGCACCUAGAGAAACGACGUAAGGAAAAGCCACAACCAACUAUUAUUGGCAACUAUGGCUCGUGUUGGGACGGAUCUAUUGUCAAUCCUAGAAACCCUCAAAGUCGCGACGUCCAGAUGCUUUUGCCCGGCCAUUACAUCGUGAUCCAAUGGGAGCAGAAUAACCCGGGGAUUUGGCCGCUCUACUGUCACAUUGCGUGGCAUUUAUCCGGCGGGAUGGGAUGGAUGGUACUGGAACGGCCCGACGAUUUCUUGAAUAAUGAAAACAUCAGCAACGCCAUGUCACAAACCUGUACUGACUGGCAUACAUGGACCAGUAGGAAUAUAGUUGACCAGAUUGGAGGUGGUUUAUGA